AUGUCAAUUGUAGGGGCCCUCCAAUAUGCUACUCUAACCAGGCCUGAAAUCAGCUUUGCAGUGAAUAAAGUAUGCCAGUUUCUAAGCCAGCCUUUGGAGGAUCAUUGGAAGGCUGUUAAGCGCAUACUUAGAUAUCUCAAGGCCACCAUUCAUCAUGGCCUGCAUCUAAAACCAUGUUCCUUAACUUCUCCAGUCCCAUUACUGGCCUUUUGUGAUGCAGAUUGGGGCUCAGAUCCUGAUGAUAGAAGGUCAACUUCAGGGUCUUGUGUGUUUUUUGGACCUAAUCUUUGUGUGUUCUUUAGACCUAAUCUUGUCUCUUGGAGCUCUAAGAAGCAAACCUUAGUUGCUAGGUCCAGCACAGAGGUAGAAUACAGGAGCUUGGCAAAUACCUCUGCUGAAUUGUUGUGA